UACAGGAAUGAGCUCUUUGAUGGGCUUGCUAGAGUUGGAUCUAUCGCGGAACAAUCUGUCUGGUUCUAUUCCCUCGUUUUUGGGGAGUUUGAAGCUUCAGAAGCUCAACUUGUCCUUUAAUAGGCUACAAGGAGAAGUUCCAACAAGAGGAGUGUUUACGAAAAAAAAUUCAAUUUUUCUUGAUGGAAACCUAGGUUUUUGUGGUGGAAUUGCAGAGAUGAUGUUCCCUCCUUGCAAAGGAGUUGAAUCUUCCAAGGAAAAGUUGUCCAUUUUGUGGAAGAUCUUGAUCCCAAUAAUGAUUAUUGGAGGCUUAUGCAUUGUGAUUUUAAUUUUCUUCAAGUGCAAGGAAUCAAACGGAAACCCUAGUCCUUUUGUGGAUACCAUUGGUGUCCAACUAUUCAUGAGGUUUUCUUAUGCAGAUCUCGUUAAAGCAACAAAUGGAUUCUCUGAGAGUAACGUGCUUGGUUUUGGGAGAUUUGGGUCCGUUUACAAAGCUAUCAUUGAUGAUGAUAAUGACACAAUUGUAGCAGUCAAAGUGCUCAAUCUUGAUGUUAAAGGGGCUUCAAAGUCAUUCAUGGCAGAGUGUAGAGCACUGGGAGGCAUAAGGCAUAGGAAUUUGGUGAAACUUGUAAGUGUUUGUGAUACUGUGGACUUCAAAGGCAAUGAUUUCAAAGCAUUGGUGUAUGAAUUCAAAGCCAACAGGAGUCUAGACAAAUGGCUUCACAACAACGAGGAAGAAAGUGGUGGAGAUUUCAAGAGGCUUAGCAUAAUCCAAAGGCUCAACAUUGCCUUAGAUAUUGCUCAAGGGGUUGAGUACCUUCACUUUGGUAGUGGUUCAUCUAUUAUCCAUGGUGAUUUGAAGCCCAACAACAUUCUCUUGGAUCAUGAUAUGGUUGCUUGUGUUGGGGAUUUCGGAUUAGCUAAGAUUCACUCAAACAUACUUCCAUCAUCAUGUGAAAGCAACAUGAGUUCCAUUGGAAUCAAGGGUACCAUAGGGUAUGUCCCUCCAGAAUAUGGCACGUUUGGCUCGAUAUCUAUGCUAGGGGAUGUAUAUAGUUUCGGGGUCAUCCUUCUGGAGAUGUUCACAAAUAAAAGGCCAACAAAUGAUUUAUUUGGUGGUGAGGUAAAUAUCCAUAGAUAUGUGAACUCUGCUUUGCCACAUGGAAUAAUGGAAAUUAUUGAUCCAGAAUUAGACACGAGAGCUUUGAAAAUGGAGUUUAUUGUUCGUAUUUUAAAGAUUGGAGUCUCAUGUUCAAAGGAGAAUCCAAGAGAUAGGAUGCCAAUGAAUCUUGUUGUUAGUGAAUUGGCUGGUAUUCUAGCCCAAUGUAUGAACUAGAUAACUUGUUUUCUUCAAGUCUUAAUUAUCUUUGGUCCUGUUUUUGGGUAUUAAUCCGCUGACUUGGAUAGAGUGUUAUUAGUUGAGUGAAGUUUCUCACUCGCAUGACUGCACCUGUAUUCUACAUUCAAGAACUUUAUCUUUUUUUUUUCUUAUA